AUAUAUGAAAAUAAAACCCUUGCAAUUGCAUUACCUCACAAUCAAGAAUUUUAUAUCCAUUUUCACAAGUUCCAUAGCAGCUCAAACAAUCAAACGUACAUCAUUUCCGCGACUUCUUUCUUCGGUUCCAAUGGCAGAGCCGGAGCUGAAGCCGAAGCCGGACUCGAAGCCAGACUCAGAGUCGGAGCCGAAGCCGGACUCGGAGUCAGAGCCGAAGCCGGACGUGGAUCCUCCAAACAACGUUAGAUUUGACAUGAAUGAUGGAAAGCGUAUCUUCAUGUGCCGUCUUUGCAGAAACCACCUUGCCACCUGGGAGAACUGCAGUCAUUAUGUAUGAAAAGCUUACCUUUCUUUGGAAAUGAAUAUGUUAUAUCAAAAUCUGAUUUCUUGUAUGAAUAUAUGUAUAUUCCCUUUAUAAGUUGUCUUCUUUAACUUGAAACUGAGGUGCAAAAUUCUUACUUAUCAUGCAACAUUACGUUCUCUUGCCGACUUACUGAUAAACUUGCUCACUUUGAAUCUAAUUCUUAGAUAAG